GGGGAAAUAGGACUGGACGUGCUCUUCUGGUGAACCGGCCGCCUCUCGCUUAUGCAUCCUGAGCAUUUGCCAUUAUUUACCCAGGAGUAAGCCGCCCUGAUUUUAAGGCGUCUUACUCCCAAGCAAGUGUCGCAGUAAAGGGGGAAGACCAAAGCCAAUCGACAGUGCAGGAACAAAUCAUCCCCAAUGUUGCCCUGCGCAAAAGGAACGGGUUGAAGUCCGUGGAGCUGGGCUUGGAGAACCUCUCGCCUUCUGGACUAACAAUUCCCAUCAGUCCCAGUUUGCAUAGCAGCUGGGAGUCCAGUAGCCUGGAUGCCCAUAGGCUCUCCAGCCCCUGCAGGGAGACCUGCACGCACAGGGUCGCGGUGAUCAAGAGAUCGAGAGCCGUCGCUCUUUUGCACCACGGGCCCCCCUGAUAUUGCGGCCACCGCCAGCUUCUUUGGCCGCGAUUGCUGCAAGCAGCCCACGGACGCCGUCGGUUCCCUAAGUGGGGAAUCAGCUUUCAGAGGGGAAGUUGCGACAGUCAGAGCCAAAGGUGCUGCUGUUGCUGCCGCCACCUUAAAAGACGACAUAGAAUUGUCGGUGCAGUUUGCACAGCGGGGGUGAAAUCAUAGAAGCUGUCGGGGCAACGGCAGCGCGCGCGCGCGCGCCCCCUGGCUUACCUACCCAGCGGUUUUGCUCGACGGUUGUUGAGCUGCAACUGGUCGGAGGUCGACCUGAUGGCCACCAGCUCCAAACCUCUCCAGCCCGUCACUCACGUCAUUUUUGACCUGGACGGUACCCUUCUGAAUACCGAAACCCUUUACACCGAAGUGAUGAAUGAUGUGUGCGGCCGCUACGGGAAGCAGUUCACUUGGGAGGUGAAAUCCUCCAUCAUGGGCAGAAGGGAAGCGGAAGCGGUGGUGAUGAUCCAAAAGGCCCUGGACCUCCCCAUCAGCCCUGACCAAAUCAUGGAAGAAAGUAAGAAGAAGAAGAAAGAGUUGUUCCCCAAAUCUGUGUUUUUGCCAGGCACAGAAAAACUAAUCCGCCAUUUGCAUCAGCACAAGAUACCCAUCGCUGUGGCCAGCAGCUCCAUUAAAGAGUCUUUUGACAUGAAAACAGCCCACCACCAGGCCAUAUUUCAAUUAUUUCACCAUAUUGUGCUGGGAGAUAACCCGGAAGUGAAGGCUGGCAAGCCAGCGCCUGAUAUUUUUCUGGUCUGCGCAAGGAAAUUUGACCCUCCGGCCCCUCCAGAAAAGUGCCUCGUGUUUGAAGAUGCGCCCAACGGGGUCAAGUCAGGUGUAAGUGCCGGCAUGCAAGUGGUCAUGGUUCCGGAUGAACACCUGGCGAAAGAGUUAACCAAGGAAGCAACCCUGGUCCUCCCCUCCAUGAGUGACUUCAAGCCAGAAAUGUUCGGCUUGCCAAAAUUUCAAUGAGGGAUACAGUUUCAUGUUGACUGCGUUAAUCUUGCCAUAUUGGAGAAAAUAGCAAACUCCUUAUUUUUUAUUAUUAAAAAGCUCAUCAGCCCUAUUAUAAGUUA